AUGUAUAGACUUGUUUCUCGUGUUUUGUCUGGUGCUCGUUUAACGUUCGCAAGUAAAGGAAUCCAGAUAUUAAGUAAACCAAGUACUAUUAAACAUUUUACUACUUCAACUUGGUUCUGUUCAUCUCAAGUUGACCGUCAGCUCAACCAGUUUCUGACCAAUGAAAUUAAACAAGAAAAGGCAAAUGCUUUCUUCUGCGAUCCCCCUGAAGGGUUUAAAGUAGUAAAAACCAAUGGAUGUGAAGUCGUUAUACGCAAAGAAUAUCAAGAUGGAGUUUUCGUCGACGUGGAGAUUAAUUUGGCUGGUAGUGUUACUCCUAGUAUUUCUGAAGAUGAAAUGAGUACUACGGAAAAGAGUGAGGAUGAUACUGCUUUGGAGGCUCAUCCUGAUUUGCGUAUUAAACUCACAAAACCUAGUGGUCGAAGUCUGGUUUUCAACUGCAGUCUUCCAGGCCAUGACGCUGAAAAACAACUUUCUGAAGAUGAGUCGAAUGAUCUCCCUACUUAUUCCGUGGAUUCAGUUGAAAUUGAACGCAUCCCAGGCUAUUUCGUGUAUACUGAUUUAUUUGACGACGAUAUGUAUAAUCAUACAAUGCAAUUGCUGGUAGAACGAGGACUGGACGCAGACUUUCAAGAAGAAUUGCAAAACUUCUGUACUUCAGAAGAGCACAAGUUAUAUUUGAAGUUUUUGGAUGAAUUCCAGAACUAUUGCAAAGACUAA